AUGGUUCAGGACGUGACAAAGCUUUAUCGGGGAGGUAUAUACCAUUGCGCCGCUACUGGUCGGGUACAUUAUGAUAGGGCUCUUGUGACAGCCAUGGUUGAGCGAUGGCGACCAAAUACCUACACAUUUCUCCUAACUGGCGAGGUCACUGUCACGCUUCAGGAUGUGGAGGUCAUGUAUGGACUACAGAUAGAUGGACGUCUGUUAUACAUUGAGGAGCCUCAGCCACCGCCUCCGUGUCAGGAUGAGUUGACUAAGCUCACUAUUUACGUGCCUCAGGAGGGUGAGAUCCAUGGAAAGAUUCGGAUGUCAAUGCUUGCACUUUGUACUCACUUGCGCCUCUUAGACAUCGAGCAUCCUUUUACAGACGGCUCACCUCAGUAUUUGCUAUUUCUGGAGGAUCUGGGUGAGUUGGGAUGUUAUAGCUGGGGCGCUACCGUUCUGGCUUACUUGUAUCGAGCAUUAUGUCAAGAAUUUAUGGGCAAUAAGAAGGAUGUCUCUGGAUUUCACACGCUCUUCCAGGGAUCAGCUAGAUCGUAUAACGACAGACAUGGAUCCGGCACCAUCACCGCCGAGGAGCCAGCUCAGGAGCCCUCUUAUCAGCCAUCCCAAAAUCCAGCUCAGGAGCCCUCUCAUUAA